AUGGCAAACAACGAAGUCAUCGUUUGUGGCGGCUCGAUCGACACGCCAAAGCUCCUCCUUCUAAACGGCAUCGGACCGCAAUCCGAGCUCGAGGCAGUCGGUAUCGACGUCAAGAUCGACUUGCCUGGGGUCGGGAAGCACCUUAAAGAUCACGUCCUCACCUUCAUGACAGUCGAAGUCUCGGGCUCAAUCAACUCCAAAUACGCCUUUGACAAUAACCCCGCCCUUGUCGCUGAAGCUCAAGAAUCCUGGACCAAAGACCAAACUGGCGCCUUCGCCCUCCAGAAUUCCUCACUUUGGGGCGGCUUCCUCAAACUAACGGAUUUGGAAUCGUACGAGGAGUAUUCGGCGCUUCCACUCGAUGUCCAAGAAUUUCUGUCCAGAGAUCAAGUUCCGACAUACGAGUUCAUCAACAACUCCAUACUCUGGCCACCAGGCACACAGCUCGAGGAAGGGAACACAUAUAUGACUUUCCUUGCUUUCCUCAUGAACCCUCAGUCCAGCGGUUCCGUCACACUCCGGUCAGCAAAGGCGUCUGACAAACCAGUCAUUGCGCUAAAUUUCCUCACGCACCCCUUCGACGUCCGUGUUUUUCGCGAAGCUAUCCGCAACACGUGGCAGAAAAUAACAGGAAAUCCUGUCGUUGCUCCGCAUAUUGUGCGUACCAUUCUUGGGCCAAAGUCCAUGGGCGAUGCGGAUUUGGAUGGUUUUGCAAGGGAGAAUGCCAGUACAGUUUGGCAUGCUUGCGGUACUUGUAAGAUGGGAAGGGACGACGAUGCAGAAGCGGUUGUGAGUAAGGAGUUCAAGGUUAGGGGAGCGGAGGGGUUGAGGGUUGUGGAUAUGAGCGUUGCACCUCUUACAACGAAUAAUCACACGCAGGCUACGGCGUAUCUCAUUGCGCAAAAAGCGGCGGAGAAGAUGGUUGUGGAGUAUGGACUCGAUAGGGUGAGCUGA